AUGAAAAGCUCAUGGUUGUCCUGUUACCGUGGUCUUCCCCUCCAAGUGGGAGCAUUUUACGCCCUUCUCAUUGGAAUCCUUCGUCGAACCAUAUUCCAACCAACAUCCACCACUACCAUUAUUACCACUCUAUGGAUGGGGUUUGUGCUGACCAUUUCCUUUAUGGAGGCCUGGGUCAAAUUUCGUGCGCCCUUUCUACCUCGGCACUAUGCAUUGGAUGUGGGAAGGACCGUCUUUCCAGUAUUGAAUGCGGUGGAAGUGGCACUUUGCGGCCACUUGUGGUGGACAGUAGCCAAGAACAGUCGAUCUCUGAUAAUGGCGACACUCAUUUUGCUAUCGCAAGUGAUCUAUAUGACACCCCAAUUGGUCUUGCUUGGAAAACAUGUCAUUGUACACGCAUUUGCAUCCAAAGAGCCCAGCAAUUGGUCCCCAUCACAACGUGACACUUUUGAGACAUUGGCUGCCGACGUGAAGCAAACCAAGCGACCAUCCGGCAAGUUGCAUAUUGUCUAUGUGCUGCAAGAACUUGUCAAAGUGAUACUACUUGCAACGAUCGUACGGAACUUUCAAACAGGAUUGUAA